AACCUGUCGACCUUGCUCCACAACAAUACGUUCGUCUUCCUCUGCCUCGCCGGUACAUCCGAAACUAUGAUCAUGACCGGAAUGGCCACCUUCAUGACGAAAUUUUUUGAGGCACAACUGGGCAUGAGCUCUCCCAAUAUAGCUCACAUUUUGGGAUGUGUGGCGAUGCCUAGCGCAUGCGGCGGGAUUCUUCUGGGAGGUUACUGCGUGUACAAGCUGAACCUGGGCAUCGAUGGCAUCCUGCGCAUGUGUCUCCUGUGCUCGAUCGUGCCCUGGUUCACCAGCUUCAUCCUCCUCUACAGCUGCCCCAACCCGAAAUUCUUCGGUCUCAACCACACUUCCAGCAGGUUCUUUGUCUCCACCGUGACGAACCAAUUUGAGCAGGAUUGCAACGCCUACUGCUUUUGCCCCGUCGAAUUCUACAACCCGGUGUGCGGCAAGGACAACGCCACCUACUAUUCGCCCUGCUUUGCGGGUUGCAAGCGGGAUUACGUUUACGAUUCCUUGAAGGCGUACACGGAUUGUUCGUGCAUCAUGCACGAGGGCGAGCCCUUCGAGGUGGGGAUGGGCGCCCCGGUGACGGCUCAGGCGGACCGGAAAAAGUGCGCCCUGGAGUGCAACGCCCUGGGGCUUUACUUGACCGGCAUCUCCCUCUACAUGUUCUUCACUUUUCUGCUCUACACGCCUGGCGUGUCGGCUACCAUAAGAUGUGUUCACGAAGAUCUGAAAGCACUAUCUCUAGGAUUACAAUGGAUGGCAGUGACACUGUUAGGCGCCAUUCCCGCCGCCACCGUGGUCGGCUUCUUCAUCGACAACAGCUGCGUGCUGUGGAACAGCGUGUGCGACCAGAUCGGCGCGUGCGCGGUGCACGACAACGGGGUGAUGUCGCGCAACCUCUUCACGGUCGUGCUGGUACUCAAGACCGUGUCCGUGCUCCUCUUCCUCAACGCGCUCAUCUGUCUCAAGACCGGCGACUCUGAAAGGCACAGCCACGGGGAGGACUCGCCGGACGGCGAGACAAGUUCGGUAAACGCCACCCACAGCGUCCAGUCCCUCCACAAGAUGGGGGUCUACCACGCGUCCUCGGUGUCUCUUUACUGA